AUGGGGUUUCAAGGGAGAUGGUUUUCUGUGAGUGUUCUCCUUCUUUGUAUUAUUCUUGAUCUUAGUAUUUUUAUUCUUGGUGAUCAGAAGCUUCACCAAGACAGAUUUGGAGAUGAUUGUCGAUUUGGACGUGGACUUCGUUGUAGAGGUUGGGGUGGACGUCGUGGUCGUGGUGGUUUUGGGGGUGGAGUUGGAAGAGGAGGAGGGUUUGGUGGUGGUGGAGGACUUGGAGGUGGGUCCGGACAAGGUGGAGGAUUAGGAGGAGGUGGAGGUUUUGGUGGUGGUGGAGGAGGUGGAUUAGGGGGUGGAUCGGGCCAUGGUGGAGGUUUUGGUGGCGGUGGAGGUGUAGGUAGUGGAGCUGGUGGAGGUCUUGGUGGAGGUGGAGGAGGAGGCAGUGGUGGUGGAGGUGGAUUAGGUGGUGGAUCGGGCCAUGGUGGAGGUUUUGGUGCCGGUGGAGGUGUGGGCGGAGGAGCUGGCGGAGGUCUUGGUGGUGGAGGAGGUGGUGGAGGUGGAAUCGGUGGUGGAUCAGGACAUGGUGGAGGUUUUGGUGCUGGUGGAGGUGUAGGUAGUGGAGUUGGAGGAGGCAUUGGAGGUGGUGGUGGAGGAGGAGGAGGCGGUGGUGGUGGUGGUUCGAAUGGUGGCUCAGGACAUGGUGGAGGAUUCGGAGUUGGAGGUGGUGUUGGCGGAGGUUCUGGAGGCGGAGGUGGCGGUGGAGGUGGAGGAGGAGGAGGAAUAGGUGGUGGUUCCGGACAUGGAGGAGGCUUUGGUGCAGGUGGUGGUGUAGGAAGUGGAAGUGGCGCAGGUUUAGGUGGAGGUCAUGGUGGUGGAGGAGGAGUUGGUAUAGGAAUUGGUAUUGGAAUUGGAGUUGGUGUAGGAGCUGGCCAAGGAUCCGGUAGUGGUACUGGUUCUGGCACUGGUGGAGGUGGUGGGAGUAAACAUUAA